CUCUCUCUCUCCUCCCCUCCUCCCUUUCUCUGCUCUUCGCAGAAUUCCUGUCCCCUGCUUCAGGUUGCAGAUUGUUGGAUUACGAUGGAUCAAGAGGGCUGACCCCUGAUUGUGCACAGCAGAAAAUGGUCCUUUAGUCUGAUUGGCUCCUGGGGGGAUGACACUGUGGAGAUGGAACGAGAGAGAGAGAGAGUGGAAAGUAAAAGGGAGAGAGGAAGAAGAGUGCGUAGAGAGCAAGACAGAGAGAGAGAGCGAGAGAGAGAGAGAGAGGGGGAGAGAGAGAAGUAUAAACUUUUCAAAGAAUGACAGCCAGUAUAGUUGAGAGGGAGCAUGGACCCAAGGUGACUCUAUAGGGAACUGACACACUGCAGGCGGUUACUUCCACAACUUUUACAAGGGGAAUUUAGUGAGCUUUGAGAGAAAAGAAGAAGAGACAGAUAAGAGAAGAAGAGCAAAAACUGUCUGAAAAGGACAGAGAAAAAAGAAUUAAGGAAAAAUAGAAGCAGGAAAAGGAGAAAGUAGCCAUUUGAAGACCUUCCCAAGACACAAGAAACAAAGGCCUGUCAUCUGCGGGUCAUCGUAUCAUCGUAGAGUAUACAUCAUGGGAGAUCGACAUCACCACCAUCCUGGGGGUGGUAGGCCUGUCUACACCCUCCUACUCAGCAUAGGUCUGGCCUUGCUGGCCCUGUUGUCUGAGGCCCAGGGUCGUAUGGAUAGAGCCAAGACAGAAGAGGAGAGUGGAGCAGGGCUGCUGAGGAGGGUGAAGAGAGGCUGGGUAUGGAACCAGUUCUUUGUGCUGGAGGAGUACACUGGACUGGAGCCGCUGUACAUAGGAAAGCUCCACUCAGACAUGGACCUAGGGGACGGCUCCAUCAAGUACAUUCUGUCAGGCGACGGUGCGGGCACCACCUUCACCAUUGACGACAGUACAGGCGACAUCCAUGCUAUCAAGAGGCUGGACCGUGAGGUGAAGGCCCAGUACCUUCUGCGAGCCCAGGCCUGGAACAGACAGACAGACCGACCCCUGGAGCCUCAGUCUGAGUUUAUCGUCAAAAUCCAGGAUAUCAAUGAUAAUGAACCUAAGUUCCUGGAAGGGCCCUACCAGGCCACCAUACCUGAGAUGUCAACCAUCGGCACUGAGGUGAUUCGGAUGACAGCCACAGAUGCAGAUGACCCUACGUAUGGCAACAGUGCCAGGGUGGUCUACAGCAUCCUACAGGGACAGCCAUACUUCUCUGUAGAGCCUAAGACUGGCGUGGUGCGUGUGUCUCUGGCGGGCAUGGACCGCGAGGUCAGGGAGAACUACUCCGUCAUCAUCCAGGCCAAGGACAUGGGAGGCCAGCUAGGGGGUCUGGCCGGAACCACAGUGGUCAACAUCACCCUCAGUGACGUCAAUGACAACCCACCCAUGUUUGAUCAGAGUAAGAUCCAGAGACGCCUCUCCUCAUGUGCCGUAUUUGUUUAUUUGAAUUCCCUUCAAUUUAUGCUCAAGACUGUUGACUUCCUUGUCUUCAUUCUUGUUAACCCUCUCCUUCCCUCUUACAUUCCCUCUCCUCCACUUCCUCCACAGUGUAUCUCCUCGCUUGUCCAUCUCCUUCAGAUUCUGCUCGCUCUCUCCUCCCCCAUCUUAAUUUUCUUUGGCCACCAGUAUUCCAUAGAGAGGAACACUGACCUGGGGAAAUACUUCUACAUUGACAUCACUUCCGGGGCAUUGAUGACAGUGCUUCCUUUGGACAGAGAGGAGUUCUCCUGGCAUAACAUCACCGUCCUGGCCAUGGAGAUGAAUAACCCCAGGAUGAUCGGGAGUGUGUCUGUAGCCGUGAAGAUUCUGGACGUGAAUGAUAACCCUCCGUUGCUGACACAGUACUUUGAAGCCUUUGUCUGUGAGAGGGCCAACGCUGGACAGCUGAUUCAGACAGUGACGGCAGUAGACGCAGAUGAUCCUCUGGGAGGUCAUCACUUCUACUACAGCCUGGCCCUAGAGGCAGCUAACAACCCCAACUUCACCCUUAGAGACAACCAAGACAACACAGCAUGGAUCCUGACGCGUCGUGGGGGCUGGUCUCAGCAGGAUCAGUCAGUCUACUACCUUCCUAUCUUCAUCUCAGAUGGAGAGCAGCCGGUCCAGACCAGCACCAGCACCCUGACCAUCCGUGUGUGUAGCUGCGAUGUGGAGGGCAACGUUAUGUCCUGUAAUGCUGAGGCCUACCACCUCCCGGCUAGUCUGAGCAGAGGGGCGCUCAUCGCCAUACUGGCAUGUAUCUUCGUCCUGCUCGUGAUGGUCCUGCUCAUGUUGUCCCUCCAGAGCCACCGUAAGAAGCCCUACCUGCACGAUGAGGAAGACAACGUCCACGAGAACAUUGUCCGCUACGAUGACGAGGGGGGCGGAGAAGAGGACACCGAGGCCUUCGACAUCGCUGCCAUGUGGAACCCCCGCGAGGCCCACCUAGUGGGGAAGCAACGUCAGGACAUGCUGCCUGAGAUUGAGAGCCUGUCGCGUUACGUUCCCUUAGCAUCAGUAGGCGGGCCGGGUAGCGGUUGUGGUGGUGGAGACAGCAACGUCCAGGGGUAUGUGCUAGCCAAGCUCCUGGAGACGGAUCUGAACCCCUGCGCCCCGCCUUACGACUCCCUGCAGACGUACGCCUACGAGGGGGAGGGAUCGGUGGCCGAGUCCCUGAGCUCGCUGCAGUCUGGGUGCUCCAAUACUGAUCAUGAGUAUGACUAUCUCAAUGACUGGGGGCCCAGAUUUAAGAAACUGGCAGAGAUGUACGGGGUUCUAGAGACGAACAACCCUCCCAUGUGGUAGAGGGGAGGAAGGAACGAGAGACUCCCCCCUACAUACACACAGCUUAGAGAAAGAGAAGAAACAGAGACAGAGAGACAAUGACUGAAACGGUGACAAACGGAGAGGCUGAAACAAAGAGAUAUAGAGACACAUGACUAGAGAGAGAAACUGAGAGUUUGAAAGCUGUGCUCGCCAUAUAACUGUAGCACUCGUGAUUGCACAGCUAAGCAUCGCCUGUUCUCCACAGCCUUGGAGCCGUGUAGCUUCCUAGCUAUCAUCACAAUCCCUCCCCAUACAUAGGAAGAGGCUUAGAGGAGCCUGGACUGACUGACAGACAGACAGCUAGCACAACGAGACCCUCAAAGCAAAGAGCUUCAAAGCACAUGUUAGUUAACUCCCGUGGCCGACCCAGGCCCUAGCCACAGGCGCCAGCAGCUCUUUGGUCCAAAGCGUCCGAUUCCCCUCAGAAGAACACAAGAUAGGGGAGCGAAGGGCAAAUGUGGAACUCAGAAUACAUUACCUGCCGAUACACAUGUAUGCAGGAGACAAACAAACUCUGAAACGCUGACUUAUUUUGGCAGUUUGUUUUGACGAUUUAAAAAAUCUUUAGUUUUUUUUUAUUCUAAGCCACUAUGUGACAAUAUUUUUUUAAGGUAAAUGAUUUGAUGAAAAGUUUUAUCCUUAUUGUUGCAGAGAUUUUGAUUUGAGAACUACUAUUUAUUCCCGGUAGCUCCAUUAUGUGGCCGUAUCUUAUUAAUUAAUACUUUUUUUUAAUAUGCUGUCCUUAUAUUUAGUAUAACUUAUUUUUGGGGAACCAAACAAACACUGGACUUGUGUUGGAUGUUAUCCCAAGGUUGUGGGAUCGGCAUAAAAUAUGAUCAAAUAUGUUCAAGCGUUGUCAUGUAACAUAAAUGUUUCAAUGGCGUCUAAUUGCAUUUCUGUUGUGUGUGUUUCUCAGUGUCUGGUUUCAGACAGAGUAAGGGAGAUGUAAACUCAGUAAUCCUGUUUGGAUUUUAAAGUUAAUUUGUUUAAUGUGUCAAUCCAUAUUUGGUUAGUAUGAACACUUUGUUGUUUUGCUGCUGGUUAGGAGCAUGAACAUGCAUUCAACAGGACAUUAUGUGUGUCCCAAAUGGUACCAUAUUUCCUACAUGGGCCCUGGUCAAAAAUGGUGCACUAUUUCUUAUAUUUAACUAGGCAAGUCAGUUAAGAACAAAUUCUCAUUUACAAUGACCGCCCUUGCCAAACCCUCCCCUAACCUGGAUGACGCUAGGCCAAUUGUGUGCCACCCUAUGGGACUCCAGAUCACGAACGGUUGUGAUACAGCCCGGGAUUGAACCCGGGUCUGUAGUGAUACCUUAGACCGCUGCGCCACACGGGAGGCCCACUAUAUAAGAAAUGGGGUUCCAUUUGGGAUGCAGGAACAAUAUUUAAGCUCUUGUUUUGAGAUAUACUGUCCAUGACACCACAGCAGGACUGGGGGACAUUACAGUAACUGAUUUGAUGAUGCUAAAUUACCAUCAACUUCUCAGUCAACAUCACAAACACACCUGGAUGAACACAAACAGGAGAUUUAUGAAAUAACCAUUUCAUCAGGGUAUCAGCCAUGAACAGGGGUGCGAAUGGGGGGGAGGGGUCUGAGACCAUGAUUCAUCUGCCCUUUUGGAGAAACCAAACUGUCCACCGCAUCAUCUAGGCCUACUCCUCCACAUUUUGUGGCUUCAUCUCAACCCUCACAUUCCGAACAGUGGACUUUGAUAAUCUGCUUCUUUAUGUGCCAAAUGUAAAGAAGAAGUAAAAAAAAACACUUCAGAACGCCAAAAAAGAAAAAACGAGUGAAAUUAUAUUUUGAUAAUUUCUGAUUGGGUGGAAUCUACUUGAAAUAUGUGUGGUGUCAGUUACGCUACAGUAUGUGGUAUUUGAAUGUAAAUGUGUUUUGUAUACUUGGUAAUAAAAUACAAAAAUAAAACCUGUUGUCGACAUUCGCAGAGAUCGCUUUCAUGGUAAACACUGCAGAUGCUGGCUGAAGUGAAAAUGACCUUUUAAAUGUUAAGCGCUGUGUACUUGAUUGAUUCCCGGGUUUUGAGUGCUAAAUAAAGCUGUUUUGUUACUUUUGUGCCUUUUAGGUAUUUUGGCAUUCAUUUGGGGAGCUUGCUGAAAGCAAGAGCAACUUUAGAUAUCCGACAUACUUAUUAGACUCCUUCCUCUGCCACCUGUAGACCCAAACUGUAAAAGCUACCAACAUCAAAAUAACUUUAAAGCAUGCAGGCUGACUGACUUCAGGUUGGUUGAAAAAAAAGGUUUUGAUACUACUAAGCCUUUUCAAACUACAACCACUUUUGCAUCAAACCCAAUGCAUUUUAAUGUCUAUAGAAAAAUUCUGGUCACUACUAGUCUUCCACCAUUUAAGAUUUAAAGAUUUUUCCACCGAAGUCGGUUCCUCUCCUUGUUCGGGCGACGUUCGGCGGUCGGCGUCACCGGUCUUCUAGCCAUCGUCGAUCCACUUUUCAUUUUCCAUUUGUUUUCCUACACACCUGGUUUUCAUUUCCCUCAUUAAUUGUUGUGUAUUUAACCCUCUGUUCCCCCCCAUGUCUUUGUGUGGAGUUGUUUGUUGUAAGUGCUUGUGCAAAUGUUGACUGGUAAGCGACGGGUUUUGUACCCACGUUUUGUUUUUCUUUAUGCCGUUGGUUUUGCAAUUAAACUCCUCCGGCUAUUACCUA